CAUUCUCAUUAAAACCCUAAACCAUUCAAUAACUAAAGCGAGCCAAAAAGUAGUGAAGUCUCUGCACAGCUACGGGAGCAGCGGAUCACAUUAAUUACAUCCUCCACGUUCUUCUCCUCUCCUUCACGCUCCACUUCACCUCUACAGAUCUCACCUUUGAGAAAGCCGCGACUCUCAGGCGGGGACGACAGUGGCGCGGAGCAGAUGCAAUGGCGAUCUUCCUCCUCCACCUCUUCCUCCUCCUCCUCCUCCUCUCCUCCUUCACCGGCACCGCCGCCCAGUUCCAAAACCCUAGGCUGAGAGACGCCUACAUCGCCCUUCAGUUUUGGAAGCGCACCGCCAUAUUCUCCGACCCAAAAAAUUUCACCGGCGACUGGAUCGGCCCCGAGGUCUGCUCCUACCACGGCGUCUUCUGCACUGCAGCCCCCGACGCCCCCAAUGUCACCGUCGUCGCAGGCGUCGACCUCAACCACGCCGACAUCGCCGGGUACCUGCCCUCCAAGCUCGGCCUCCUCGCCGACCUCGCCCUCCUCCACCUCAACUCCAACCGCUUCUGCGGCAUCCUUCCUCAUACGCUUCGCCGCCUCCGUCGCCUCUACGAGCUCGAUCUCAGUAACAAUCGCUUCGUGGGCAGUUUUCCUGACGUCGUCCUACGCCUCCCCGCCCUCCGCUUCCUCGAUCUGCGAUUCAAUGACUUCGAAGGCUCUAUCCCGCCCGCCCUCUUCCGCCGACCCCUCGAUGCCAUCUUCCUCAACGACAAUCGGCUCCGCCACGGCAUCCCCGAAACCUUAGGCGAAUCCCCUGUCUCCGUCCUCGUCCUCGCCAAUAAUCACCUUGGCGGAUGCAUCCCCACCUCGAUCGGCGGCAUGUCGGAAACCCUAAACGAGAUAAUCCUCCUCGACGACGACCUCACCGGGUGCCUCCCGGUACAGAUCGGGCGGCUCCGCCGAGCCACCGUCUUCGACGUUGGAUUCAACAGCCUCCAAGGCCCACUGCCGGGGUCCGUCACCGGGAUGAGGAGCCUCGAGCAGCUCAAUGUCGCACAUAACCGCCUCACUGGACGGAUCCCUGACGGCGUCUGCGAACUUCCCCGGCUUAGGAACUUUAGCUACUCGUUCAACUACUUCAACGGCCAGCCCCCGGCCUGCGCCCGGAGGGGGCCGACGGUGUUUGACAGCAGAGGGAACUGCAUCGCCGGCCUCCCGGAGCAGCGGCCUCUGCGGCAGUGCAUCUCCCCGGGAGCCCAGCCCUUCGAUUGCCGCAAGUCGAGCUGCUUCAUUGGCGGCGCCACCACCUCCCCGUAUCCUAAGCCCUCGCCGCCGCCGCCAAGAAUUUCCAUUCGUAGGCGUGUUGUCCCGCCGCCGCCUUCUCCAGUUGGGGGUGCACACAGAGGCUACUCGAAGAAACCAUCCCCGCCGCCGCCGCCGUACGAAUCAGCUCCUUCUACUAGAACUCACCCACCGCCGUCCUAUUCAACGCCGCCGCCGUCGCAUUACGGCCCAUUUCAUCCUCCUCCAGCUGCCACUCUACCACCACCUCACAACACUUCUUCACCGUCAUCACCAUCUACGCCUUUGGCAUCCCCGCCGGCACCUUUCAUACCAUGGAAAGCACCAACAUCACCGGUUCCGCCGCCACCGCCGAAGCUCCCUCCAGUCGUGGGCGUCUCCUAUGCCUCCCCACCUCCGCCGGCGAUACCAUACUACUGAUCUCCACUGUCGAUCGGUCAUUUCAACCCAAAAGCCCUUUUUUAAUGCUCCUCUGCUGUCUCCAUCAUCAUCUGCUUCUCCUUAUUCCUGUUUCGAGAUGAUCAUGUCGGUAUUGCCAUGGAAUCUAAGCGUGGUUUAGUUAAUUUUUACAAUUAUGUAUCCUAAA